AUGGGCGGCAUCGUCUGGGAGCUCGACCCGCGGUUCGCGCCCGCGGAGGGCGAGUCCACCGCCCGCCCCGGCCCGCGCCUCGGGACGCUCACCACCACCCCUUGGGAUCACCCGGGCCCCGUCGGGGUUCCGACGCCGAUGGCCCUGACGUACACCAGGCGCGGGGAGCCCGCGCAUCUCACCCCGGACAACGUCGAUCUGCUCCCUCGCGAGGCGCGGACGUUCCACGUCUCCCUCGCGCACUUCAUGGACCACCUCGGUCCGGAUCACGUGAGUAACAUGCCGGGCGGCGGGCGGCGGUACUUUGGCUGUCGACCCACGUGCAUGCUCGUCACCGCGCGCGAUCCGCUGACGUUCGACCAGGACGCCAAGCAGAGCAACACGGACGCGCACACGUUCGUCGCGUCCCCGACGGGAACCACGAAAAUCACCACCGACGACUACGCGAGGUGGAUCGAGGCCAUCCAGCCCGACGCCUUCGUCGCCCUGGCAGACGAGUCCCCGUCGUGGCGCGACGGCGUGGCGCUGAAGAAGACCAAGCAGGCGAGCGCGAGGACCGAGAAAUGGCUCGCGGCGUUGCUCGAGAAGACGAAAGACUUACCCACGAAACCGUCGGUGUUCGCGUCGUUGCAGGGCGGCGCGGACGUGCAGGAGAGGCGCGCGUGCGCGGAGGGUAUAGUGGAGAGGCACGGGACACAGCUGGCGGGGUUCGCGAUUGGAUCCUUGGGCGCGGGCGAGACCCCGGGCGAGCACCGCCGAUCUCUGCUGCGCGCGUCCAUCGAGCCCACGCCGUGGGACAAGCCGAGGUAUGUCGCGGGCCUGGGCGCGCCGCUGGACGUGCUGGACGCGGUGGAAGCGGGGGUGGACCUUCUCGAGGCGUCGUUCUGUCACCAGUGCACGACGCAGGGGUACGCGUUGACGUUUCCGGUCAAGCCGCCGACGACGAAGGAUUCGAAGAAGCGUAAGAGGGGCGACGGGAAGGAUGGGGAUGGGCGGGAGGAGGGGGACGCCGUGGAUAAAAAGUCGGCACCCGGGGAUGGGGACGGCGCCGGGGACGAAAAGUCGGCACCCGGGGUUGGGGAAGAGGAGGACGCGAAUAGGAGACUCUUGACCGGCGGCGACGCCUUUAAGAGCAACAUGUGGGCGCUGGCGUACCGGGCGGAUAAGCGGCCGCUGCUGCCCGGGUGCGAGUGCUACACGUGCGAGCGGUACAUGCGCGCGUACGUGCACCACCUGUUGCAGUGCCACGAGAUGACCGCGGCGGUGCUGCUGGACAUACACAACUACUUCCACUUCAACAAGUUCAUGGAGGCGGCGAGGGAGGCCAUCGGCGCCGGGACGUUCGCGGAGUUCGCCGCGUUUCAUCGCGAGCGCGCGGCGCGGAUGGACGGGGACGACGAGACGUAG